UCAUAACACUUCCGUAAAAAUGGAAGACUUAUAAAGUUAUUUCUUAACAUUGUCUAGGGGCAUAUUUGACUUCUGCUAUUCUGCAGGAGCAAACGAUGACAUUAGAAUGACUCUGUUUUUAGUUGUAAUUACUUUAACACUAUUAGAAUCCCGAGCAGAGUUAAAUUAUGAAAUUGUUUCAUAUCAUGAGCACAGACCAAUUUUAAAUUUACGCCAAGUGGGACCGGAAGACAACUUCGUCGCUAUAUGUAAUUAUGCCCGCUUCUCCAGAAUACCAGUCGACCAUUACAUUAUUAGCAUCUCAAUGCAGCGUAAGACUAUUGUGGACGACACCUAUCAGACCAUAGCUCAGUACGACCCAUUUCUUACGGAAGAGCUUGGGAAAUAUGCGUACGUCCCGACAGACAGAAGAUGGUUUUAUAAAUUCAGCGGCCAGGCAAGCUUCUUCAACAAGAAAUACAUGCAGAUUGUAUUAAACGCCACGAACGCUGGCUACAGAGAUGCUGGUUUUUACAGGUGCAAGAUGACGCCAGAAAAUUCUGAAAAUCCCUGGCUCUCGGAUAUUUUUGAAUUAGAGACAAGAGCUCCUUUGAUUGUGAGCAUACACAGUGUCGGCCCCGGGAACAGUUUCACCGCCCACUGUGACAAAAGCAUGUUCGCCUCUAGCCCCAAUAAGGUUAUCGUAAGCUUGGAGCUACAGUACAGAGACCUGGGCUCUAAUGACAGUUUUAGAACCCUUGCAAGAAAUCCAUCGAAAAAUCCCAACUGGUUUAUACCAGUCGGGAGGAAAUGGAAAGUCUAUUUCGACCAGACGUUCGCAGAACACGACACUUCCUCCGCCCUAGGGAUAACCUUGACAGUGGGCGACGCAGGAUGCGAAGACGCUGGGGAGUAUCGAUGUGCCAGGCUUGUACAAGGCGCCACAGCAUAUGAAUUCAGCGACGUUUACAAACUCAUAGCUAAAGAACCAUUCCUUCUCAAUGAUCUGAUAGUAACACCCAAGAGUAACUUUGGUCCAUUUGCUUCAUUAAGUCACUUUGGCGAUACUGUCACUAUGGAAUGUAGAUAUAGGGGACCGAAAUAUCUUAAGCAUCAAUGGAAGAUAGAUGAGGGGCGAUCCUUGGACGACGUCUUUGGACAGAAUUACGCGUAUCCCAAGGGCCAGGCCAUCUUGACCAAAGACUCGGACAACUGCUCGACCUAUUUUUACAGCAAGAAUCUCAUCUUCAGGAUCAAGACGACGCUGAAUGUUACGUACUACUGUGCGGUCGACAACAACGGGGAGGAGUCGUCAGUCCACUUUACGGUCCUCGUUAGUCAAGAUGGACUCCGGAGUUACAACGAGAUGAUGAAUGCUGCGGCGACGAAUGAGAAUCCCAUCAUAGACUUCCCACUUCCAUCUGCUAUAAUUGCGACAAUACUAUUAUAUAUGAAAAGCACAACUAUAACAGUCUAGAGCUAGGGACCUGCCAUAUUUGGUGUCAUGUCUUGAAAGGCGAUAGUGCAGAAUAAAUGAUGGACGCAGCUAGUGACUUCACAGCUCGCUUACUUCCCUUCUCUACUUAUCUCCCUUAGUAAACAUAACAUGCAGAAAACAUGU